UUUUGUCAACAUAUGUCGGGCCAGCGGUUCGUGCCAGACUGACGACUGACGAUGUGCGUACAGAAGGUGCGCGGCGAGGCACGCGAAGCCGCCUCGAUGUUGACCGCCACCGCUUCCGGGCGGGAGCCGGGCGAUGCCGGGCGGCCCGUGAGGCGGCCUGCAGCGAGGAGGCGCGCGGCAUGGCCUGGCCCUGGAAGCGACGAAGCGGCCUCGCCGCCCCGCGGGGGGGGGGGACCGACGUCGGCGCCACCGAGCUCUCUCCCGAGGGCCGGCCAGGUCCCGGGCAGGGCGUGGUCGCCCGCGGCCCGCCGGCCGAGCAGGCGGGCCGAGGCCGCGGCCGCGGCCGAGGCCCGAGCGAGGAGCGCUGCCGCUCAGCAAAUCGACCGAGGCGAGCCGACCGAGCGGCAGCCGACGGCGGCGCGGCCGACGCGGCUCCUGACCGUCGUCGCGGGUAUCCCUGGAGAGGCCCAAGGCGAUGGCAAUGCUGGGCGACCUCUUUUCCCAUCCCUCGCUUGCCCGCCGCGACUGCACGGGGCCUGCGGCACAGCAGGGCCAGAGCCACAUCACACGCUGAUCUCGGCCCGUGCGCCGCGAUCCGCAGCGGCCAGGCGCGCCACGCGCUCGCCCAGGCGGCGGCCCGCGUCGGCAAAGAGGGCGUGCACGGUGCCUGGCGCCGUGUCGUUGAAGGGCGGGUCGCCCGUGGCGGCCCCCACGCCGAGCGGGAAGUGCGGCUGGAAAUCGCGCUCCGCCGUGACCACCCUCAUGCCGAACACGUGGAAGAAGUUGGCGAUGCUGGCCAGGGUCAUCUCCAUCCCUCCCCAGAGAUGCCCGCCGGUCACGAACGGCGCGCCGAUCUUCGCGUGCAGGUCAGCGUGCAGGUAGUCCCAUGUGUCGAGCCACGCCUUCGCCGGGGCCGCAAUGUUCGCGUUGUGCACCGGGCUCCCAAAGAGCACCGCGUCCGCCCACCUGACAUCGGCAUCGAAGGAUGCGUUCACGAUCGGAAGUAAGCGGCACUCCGCACCUCCUGCAAUGGCGCCCUGGUGCACCGCCUGUGCCAGCGCCCGCGUGUGGUUUGACUGCGAGUAAUAGGCGACCAGCACCUUGGCCGACGACCCUUGCGCAGGCAGCGCCGUCAUCGUCAACGGCGCCAGGAUGCACACCAGCGUGGCGCGCCCAAAACCGUGCGCCAUGCCGCUCUGAGCAAUUAUUAUCCUACUGCGCCCACUGUAUCUGCCGUGCUGUGCCCGUCCGCGAAACUUGGCCAGUCGAUGCCAUCUUGGCCCCUCGAGCCAGGGAGGAAGAGGAGGGAACCCAAACACUACGAUUAGGUCGGGCCUGUCC